AUGGAAGAAGAUGAUGUGAUAAUAAGUGGGACUCACAUGACAAUAGAGAAGGACAAACUUGAAAAAAUGAACGAAAAUAAUUUUGAAAAAAUUCAUGAUAAUGAAUAUGAAAAUAUAUAUAGAAGUAAAUGUUCUGGUAUUUUAUUGAAAACACCAUAUUAUCCAUAUAAAUAUGAUAUUAUGAAUACUAGCUAUAAAUAUAUACCUAAAGUUGGUGAUUUAGUAAUAGGUAUUGUAAAGACGAAGAAAUUAGAUUAUUAUCAAAUGGAUAUUAAUUGUAAUUGUGAAUGUAUAAUACAUAAAAUUGAUAGUUUUAAAUAUGCAACCAAAAGUAGCUUUCCUAAUUUAUUAAAUGGUACAUUAUUAUAUAUGGUUGUUGAAAAAAUUAAUUUAGAAAAUAAUAGUGUUGUAACUAGUUGUAUCAAUUCAUCAGAUGUAAAAUCUUGGAUAAACUAUGAAAAUUAUUUAGGAGAAUUAUUUGACGGAUUCGUUUUUUCGGUUAAUAUUGCUUGUGCAAAAAGCCUUAUCGGAGACAGAUGCUACAUAUUAGAUUUAAUUGGUCAAGAUAUAAAAUAUGAAAUAGCAGUAGGACAUAAUGGACGAAUAUGGAUUAAGGCAAACGAUCCGUUGGAAAUUAAUUUAAUUCACAUUGCACUUAAGCAUUCAUUUGGAAAAACUAGAGCUCAG